AUGCAAAACAGUGCCGACAAUGCAAACGUCUUAGGAAGCGCGAAAGCUGCUGUACACAUAAAUGGUGUGGCGGUGGAUCAUUUUCAUCAGAAUUCGGACGUAGAUGAGGAUCGACGAUCUCAAUGCCAGAAUAACGACAUACAGGGGUUCAUUUCGUAUUCCUCUGAUAGCAGCAUGAUUGAGCUAAAUCUAAAGUUUCGCAAAUGCGCCUGCAACGAGAACAUCAUCAACAUCUCCAAAGAAAACUUACAACAGAUGCAACGAACCAGUCCAACAGGUGCAGCGGAAUCAACCAAUGCCGAUAGUAGUACUGUCGGUACCGCGAUUGUUGGUCCGGGCAGCGGAGUUUUUAGGAAAGAAGGUAAAAGUAAAAAAAUGCUAGCCAUUAAUAAGGGCAAUUUGAAUAGGUUAAUGUGUAAAUUGAACGAUUCCACGGACAGCCCAUCCUCAUCUUGUACAAAGUGUAGAUUAUCAUUAGACGUCAAGCAUAUUUUAAAGCAGCUCGUUAACAUAAAGACGAAAAAGGACACAGUUGAGUGUGACGGCAUCGGUUGCUCUCGUUCGCCUGGAGCAGAUGAUUCUUGUUCUCGCCGUUCAGCACUUCCGCUCACAAUCGACGAUUCCAUGAUGGGGCUGCGUGCUGAUGAUUCGUUGAUCGGAAGCUCGGCCUCUCCGCUCCCUUCGCCGAACUCCCCUGUGCCAGUAAUAGGUCCACUCGAACGGCGCCAUAGUGAAACAGUUGAACGACGCUCGAUCGGAAUCCAGCAUGCCUCGAGACACCAUCGCAAAAAAACUCCAUUAUUGCGUACGCACGGGAAAAGUAUACCGCAGGCAGAGGAAAUCAUCAUAAUUUCCGAUGAAUUCAGAAGACAAUCGCUGCGUGAUCAACAGUCAAUCCGGGUGCAGAAAAGUCCGAAGAAAAUUUCCAAAUCGAUGGAAAGCAUUGACAAACGCCAUCCACUGUCACUUUCUCUUCGGCCAGUGGCAAUAAGAAGCUUUCAACUGCCUAGUACCGUACACGGUUUAGAUCCAGCCGAUGAGAUGCUAACAAUAGUGGUCAAUACGACUGAAACCAGGGAAAGCAGCACUUCGAAAUCAAUAUCAAAAUCUGUCGAUGAUAUGUCGCUCGGGCCCUCAGGAAAAGGUGAUGAGCUGUCCGCCCAUCCCAAAUCUUCCGAACCUGCUAGCGACGAUGUGGAACUGAUAUUUAUUUCGGACGAGUUUGUCAAGCGAAAGUCCAAAUCUAGUUCGGACGUUAUCAUCGUCCAAAAUGCGGCUGAUCGUAGACGCGAAAGUAGCAGACGCAAGAAACCGACCAAAACUCUAUCAGUGGCUGGUGUAGAAGGUCACAGCACCGAACAGAAAAGGCUUACCAACGCUGGUCGACCCGUUAGCACCGAAGGACGGAUUGUAAAAUCCGCAACCAUACCGGUGGCAGCGUCACCUGGUACAAAAGCGAAAAAUGUCCGUCGCAAAACAACAAUCUCCAACUCGAAUAGUUUUCUCACGUAUGAGGAACCGUUCUCGCCAGAGACGCUUGAAAAUAAAGACAUUGGACAGCUGUUUGCCGAGGCAUCGAUCGAAUAA